CAAUUUUCUGUGCGGAACAGAUAUUCAUGUCCAUAAAAUUAUGUUUCAACCCUAUUUCGUCUGUUUACCAUUAGCACCUGUUUGACUGUUGCCAUAACAACACGUGUUUUGGUAGCAAUUCGGCCUAUUGCAUUUAUAAGGAAAACCAAGAGGGGCUCAGGAUGGGUCCAAGACUAUGUAAAAGUAAUAAAAGACACAUCACUCUUCUAAUGAUUGGACUAGACAAUGCUGGGAAAACAUCAACAACCAAACAUUUGCUAAGAGAGUCUCCAGAGGACGUGGUCCCGACGGUGGGGUUUUCAAGCGUCCAGCUAGAGCGAACCAGAUUUCGGGUGACACUGUACGACCUCGGAGGCGGGGCCAGAAUUCGGAGUAUCUGGAGCAACUACUACGCCCUGGCCCACGGAGUUGUGGUGGUCGUGGAUGCCUCCGCCGUCGACCGAGCUGAGGAGUGCCGCCAGGCCGUGUCCGAAGUGCUGGGCGACCCACGCAUAAGUGGCAAACCAGUCCUCGUACUGCUCAACAAACAAGACAUUGAAAACGUUGUGGACGAAAUAGAGAUGUGUUCGUUGCUUGACCUGGAGAACAUUGUCAACCAAUUCAAGUGUCCCACCAGAGUAGAAACUAGCUGUGCCAGGUUCAAAAAUCGUAAGCGGAAAAAGGACCCAGGAAUUGACAAGGGGUUCCAGUGGAUUUUGGAUCAUAUCAGCAGAAACUUCCAAGACCUCCAAAGUCGGGUUGAAGCAGACACGGAACUGCAAAGGCUGAGAGAAGCCAAAGAGCAAGAGGAACGCCUCAAGAGGGUGCAGAAGGCCAGAGAGGACAGGGCAAAAGCGGCAAACACUGGACAAAGAACCUCAGUUGAAGAAGAUGACAGAAAUGGCAACAAAAUGACCGAUCUCAAUUACGACCACGAGCAAGCAGGGGCACGCGACUCUGACUUCACGCAGCGCUCCGCUGAAGAGGUUGAAAAAACUGAAGCAAGAAUUGACACGCCAGACGGUGCAGUUAUAAUCAACGUCCAUCCUGCCCAAAGAGAGGAGAGCUCAAACUCAUCAAAGACUCGCAGUUCUUCGGCCAUCCUUUACAACAAAGGCUAUGAGCUUGCCGAUUUUGUUUCCGAGCCAUCUAAAACACAUUUGACCCAAGUCGACACAUAAAUAAAACUUCAAAUUUUUUUUAAGCAAAAUGAGCCACAAGGUUUUAAAAUCAUGCAAGGGGAAGAUGUGGGGAGGCAAGUAGGGAGCUUCUUGUGAAGUAAUUUUGUAGAAGAUGGCUACUUAAAUCUCAUAUUUCUAAAGUGCAAGUGCAUUCAUAUGCCAAAAAAGUAGCUCAAAAAUAUCAUCUACCCGAAUGAAGUAGUCUAUAAAUGCUGUACAGGUUACCCUAUUUUAAAUCCUGUCCCAGAUCUAUGGGGGCUCCAAGAUUAGGCUCACACUGAAAGAUGAGAUGAGUGUUCACUUAAACCUAUAGUCAAUUCAAUGUUUAAUUCACAGCAACUAUUAAAAAAUAUUGGAUUGAAACAGGUCUGAUACAACCCUUAUUAAAACACAAUUAUUCGCUGUAAAAGAAAUUGACAUUCUUUAAUCGAGUGUUUUGGCUGCCCACUGGCACUUGGCUCCAGUUCUUCAUGUUGACUCCAUGAAGGUUUCAAUUCCUGAAACCAUGUCCAGUACAGCCUCUGGGGCACCUUGAGAAGAAACAUACCCUCGAACAGCUUGCAGUGCUUUUUGGGCCAUCAAAAAGUCCCGCGCUUUUUCUCCAGAUACACGUCCAGUCCGGGAAUCUGUUCCAGACAGUCGUCGGGAAGUUUUCUCAGCAGCCUCAAUGAUAUUUUCUGUUAGAAGACUAGCUUCUCGAGCAUCAACAAACUGUCGGUUUGACAAACUCC